AAGCACAUUCCCAUGGACAAGGAAGGGAAGCCAGAAAGAUGCCUCAGGUUCACUGAACCUCAGUGGCAUCUUCUGAAUGCAAACUCCACAGAGGAAGUGAGAUUGGACACGGAGGACUGCCUGGAUGGAUGGGUCUAUGACAAGAAUAUCUUCCUUUCUUCCAUUGUUAUUGAAUGGGACCUGGUGUGUAGUCAGAAGUCACUAAAAUCAAUAAUUCAGACAACCUUCAUGGGAGGACAGCAAGUAGGAAGUAUUAUUUUUGGCAUCCUCUCUGAUAGGUUUGGUCGAAGGACAGUCUUGAGGUGGUCCUCUCUGAUAAUCACCAUUGCUGGUACCUGUGCAGCCUUUGUACCGACCUUUGCUGGCUAUGCCAUAUUUGUUUUCCUCAGUGGAGUUUCUUGCAUAGCAAUCAUUAUCACCUCCACUUGCCUGGCUUUAGAGUGGACACCUCUCAAGACAAGGAUGAUCGUGCACUCAUGUAACACCUGUGCCUUCAGUGUUGGACAGAUCAUCCUGUCUGGAUGGGCGUACCUGAUCCGAGAAUGGCGCUGGCUGCAGUUUUCCAUUUCUAUCUCCUAUGGGAUCAUUUUUCUUUGUAGCUUGUUCCUUCAAGAAUCUGCUUGCUGGCUCUCCAUCCAUAAUAAACUUCCUGUGGCAGUGAAGAAUCUUCAGAAGGUAGCAGGGAUAAAUGGGCGGAAGGAGCAGGGGAGAAAGCUCACUCCAGAAGUGGUGAUGUCUUAUAUUGAGGAGGACCUUGAAGCCAUGAAGACUUCCCCUUUUUUCACAGAUCUUUUCCGCUCCCCAGGAAUACAUCUGACAACAUUCUGUAUCAUGCUUGAGUGGUUCGCAUGUGGCUUCUCCUUUUAUGGACUGGGUUUGGACUUGCAGAAAUUUGGUUUCAGCAUUUACUGGGUCCAAGUGAUAUCUGCACUUACAAUUUUACAAGGAAAACUGCUGGCAUCCAUCAGCAUGUCUUACCUGGGACGCCGUGUUACCUUGUUUUUCUUGAUACUUUUUUCUGGACUCAUGAUCAUCAUUAACAUAUUUGUUCCUCAAGGUGAGAAACUGAUGAAAAUAACCCUCAGUAUUCUUGGAAAAGGUGGCCUGGAAGGGGCCAUUUCUUCCCUCUACCUCUAUACACCAGAGCUUUACCCAACUGAAAUCAGACAAAUAGGCAUGAGUGCUGGGCAGUUCUUUUUGCGCUUUGGUUCACUUCUGGCUCCCGUUGUCUUCAUCAGCAGCAACUAUGUCUCGAUUCUGAAGCCCUUGUUGUUUGGGAUUGUACCUAUCCUUUCUACAACUUGUGUCCACUUCCUGACUGAGACUCGUGGCCUUCCAUUUCUGGAGACCAUUGAGGAGACGGAGAACAGAGGUAGUUCAGCUGUGGAGAACAAGGCUUUGAGGGUGAAAAAGCUGGCCCAAAAUUGCUCAUGGACCAAAUGGUCUAAUUCCUUCACUGACCCUCACAGCUGUAUGGACCUAAAGGUCAUCAGUAACCACGUGGCCCAGGAGUGA